GAUGAGCAGUGUUGUUUUCCGCUCUGGGUUACGAUUUUGUUGUUUCUAAACUCGGUCAUCCUCGGCAGGUUCCGACGACAGCGAUCAUGGAGGCCUCGAUGGCCACCGGUCCCGCCGCAAACGCGCCUGCUAAUAGCGAGGGCAUAUUAAUAGGGGAUAAAGUGUAUUCCGAAGUCUUCCUCACCAUUGAUAAUUCUUUGAUUCCAGAGGAAAAUCUCUCCCCGACCCCGUCUAUGCAGGACGGCCUCGACCUGUCCACCGAGACAGACCUGCGGAUCCUGGGCUGCGAGCUCAUCCAGUCCGCCGGAAUCCUGCUGCGACUGCCGCAGGUGGCCAUGGCGACCGGACAAGUGCUUUUUCAUCGAUUCUUCUACUCGAAGUCUUUCGUGAAACACAGUUUUGAGAUUGUUGCCAUGGCCUGUAUUAACUUGGCUUCAAAGAUCGAAGAAGCCCCUCGACGAAUAAGGGAUGUCAUCAAUGUGUUUCAUCAUUUAAGGCAGCUCCGAGGCAAAAGGAGUCCAAGUCCAUUGAUACUUGAUCAGAACUACAUAAACACCAAAAACCAGGUGAUAAAAGCUGAACGGCGUGUGCUGAAGGAGCUGGGCUUCUGCGUCCACGUCAAACACCCACACAAGAUUAUCGUCAUGUACCUGCAAGUCCUUGAAUGUGAGAAGAACCAAAAGUUGGUCCAGACAGCCUGGAAUUACAUGAAUGACAGCCUUCGCACUAAUGUGUUUGUGAGAUUUCAAGCUGAGACCAUCGCCUGUGCCUGCAUUUACCUCGCUGCACGAGUGCUACAGCUAACGUUACCCUCUCGGCCGAACUGGUACCUGCUGUUUGGUGCUACGGAGGAGGAGAUCAAAGAUAUAUGUGUAACCACUUUGAAGUUGUACACCAGAAAAAAGCCAAAUUAUGAAUUGCUAGAGAAGGAAGUGGACAAGCGGAAGGUGGCUCUACAGGAAGCAAAACUGAAGGCCAAAGGACUGAAUCCAGAUUGCACACCUGCUCUUUCCACAUUGGGUGGAUUCUCUCCUGGAUCCAAACCAUGUUCACCUAAUAUAAUGAAAGCAGAUGAGAAGUCUCCUAACCCUCAAAUGCUUAAGGCCAUGAAGAAAGAACCAGAAGAUCGGCCUCAGGGUUCUAAGAGCCCACACAACGGACUCAGGAAAGAUAGUAAGUUAGGUCGGAACAGUAGAAGUGCGAGUCGUUCCAGAACGAGGUCCAGAUCGCGCUCUCCCAGACGACAUUACAAUAACAGGCGCAGUCACUCGGGCACCUACAGCUCUCGCUCCCGGAGCCGCUCUCACAGCCCAUCUCCACGACGACACGCGAACCACGGCCCUCCGUCUCCGCUCCUGCCACACUUGAAGUCAAAGCAGCGCUCAGACGACCUACACCAGCACAGCAGACACGGCCACAAGAGGAAACGCUCACGCAGCCGCUCUCGUUCCACCAGCAAGCCCCUUGAGCGGGAAAGAGAGCGAGAGAGAGAGCGGGAUCGAGGUUCUUCGGACUUGGCGAAGAAGCACAAGCGCGAGCAUAGCAGCGGAGGCCAUCACCGCGACCGGCGGGAACGCUCACGUUCGUACGAACGCUCUCAUAAAAGCAAACACCACAGCAGCAGCCAUUCGAGCCACAGUCGUCACAGGCGCUGAGUGUUUUCCUGUUGCGUCACGUCUGUAAGACCGAGCGAGUUUGUGUUUGAUUAAAGUGGUCAGUGUUGACCUAGUUGUCUGUUUAACUUUUUUUGAUUUCUCUUGUGUUAUUUUGCCAUUUUAGUUUUAAAUGUUGAAAGGAUAUGAAACUAUAUAUUUACAGUGUAAAGAUGGGUUCAAUGUUGAUGUAAUAUGGGAAAUGCUUUGAUUUAUAAAAGCAACCUGUUUCAGAAGGUGGGAAAAUCACUAGUUGCGUAGAAAAAUGGGAAAUGUUUUCAGGAAGGACACCGAUACUUUGCACAGUUAUAGAAAAUAAGUAAUAAAGAUGCUCUACUGGCGGAAGAAAGUUGGUUUCUCUGAAAAUAGAUCAUAUUUUUUUACAACUAAAUGCAGACUUUUUUUUUUUUUUUGGGAUCAUGGUGACUUUGUUACACUGGUUUUUAGUCUGCACCUCUUCAUGUCUGAUUUUUACUCAAUAAAAAGUGACUUAUUCCUACUGUCA